UCCGUGAAAAAAUUUUCAUGAAAGACCCCGCACUAAUAUCUUGCAUUGUGUUCAAAUUUCAAAUAACUCAACACACAUAGAAGAAAGAAGAAAGAAGAAAGAAAAAAGAAAAAAGAAAAAAGUGAGCCGACGUCAACGUCUUUGAGCACUUGAUCGCUGACGGCAAGUGGUCAACACAUAAAGUGGAGAUCUUCUUCUUCUCGUUCUCUUAGUUCAUACUUGAUACUUUAUACUAUUCAACAGAAAAACAAAGCUAGAGAGGAGAGAGAAAAUGGAGAACGAAGCAAAGGGCAAGGAAGUCAGAGGUGUUCCCACUCAUGGCGGAAGCUACGUCCUAUACAACGUUCUCGGCAACCUUUUCGAGGUUUCUUCCAAGUACGCUCCCCCUAUUCAACCCGUCGGCCGUGGUGCUUACGGCAUUGUUUGUUGUGCGCGAAAUUCAGAGACAAAUGAAGAAGUUGCUAUUAAGAAGAUUGCAGAUGCUUUUAACAAUAGAAUCGAUGCCAAAAGGACUCUGCGGGAAAUCAAACUGUUGUGUCAUAUGGACCAUGACAAUGUUAUCAAGAUAAAGGACAUCAUACUACCACCUGAAAGAGAAAAGUUCAAUGAUGUCUACAUUGUGUAUGAAUUAAUGGACACUGAUCUACAUCAAAUUAUUCGCUCCAACCAGGAACUUACGGAAGAUCAUUGCCAGUACUUCUUAUAUCAACUCUUACGUGGGCUAAAAUAUAUACACUCAGCAAAUGUUCUGCACCGGGAUCUGAAACCAAGCAAUUUGCUUUUAAAUGCUAAUUGUGAUCUCAAGAUAUGUGACUUUGGGCUUGCAAGGACAACUGCGGAGACAGAUUUUAUGACAGAAUAUGUUGUGACUAGAUGGUAUCGAGCUCCUGAACUGCUUCUCAAUUGUUCAGAAUACACUGCAGCGAUUGAUAUGUGGUCAGUUGGUUGCAUUAUGAUGGAGAUUAUCAAAAGGGAACCCCUUUUUCCUGGCAAGGACUACUUGCAGCAGUUGCAGCUCAUAAAUGAGCUGCUAGGCUCUCCUGAAGAUUCUGACCUUGGAUUUCUGAGAAGUGACAAUGCUAAAAGGUAUGUGAAACAGCUGCCACAUUUUCCAAAACAGCCGUUUGCACAGAAAUUCCCAAAUGUGUCUCCUUUGGUGCUUGAUCUUGCUGAAAAGAUGCUUGUAUUUGAUCCCAGCAAGCGAAUUACAGUUGAUGAUGCAUUGAAUCACCCUUAUUUAUUAAGCCUCCAUGAAAUCAACGAGGAGCCUACCUGCCCAAAACCUUUUCAGUUUGAUUUUGAGCAAUCAUCCUUGGACGAGGAGGAUAUAAAGGAGCUUAUAUGGCGGGAGGCCCUGAAGUUCAAUCCAAGAUAAGAUGAUUAAGACACUUGGUGAUUAUAUGUCUGAUGGAAUUCAAUCAUCUAACUCAGAUGUCUGAUGAAAGAUGUUCGGCUGCUUCAGCUUUGACUAGAUAUAUGUAAUGCAUUUGAUCUAGUUUUGAGGUGAGGUUUUGAGGAAUUGAGUUUGCAUUUUAUUUCUUUGGGUUGAGUGGAUGUGCAUAUGACUCUGGAGGGUCAUAAAUCAGGUCUGAGGUCUCAGUUAACCUUGGAAUGGUAAUAAACAUUAUUGGUAUAUUCUAUUUAGAGGAUUCAAUAGGAAGGGAAUUAGAGUGGUACUAAUUCCUAUAGGGUUUUUACUAGAGCCUUGAGUCACCAACUCGACAGGUGAAUCGAAACUCAGAUAAGCUUCUUAUGAACCAAAUAUAGGGACCAUAGAAGCGAAUGGCUAUUCGUCAGGAAGUGUUCGAAGUCCUUGUGUAAUGUGAUAAUUGUUAUGUGAUGCUUGAAGUUUGUAACGUGUAUGAUAUUCAUUUUGAGUAUAUAAAAGGAAGUAGGUAAGAGGCAUUGUUUUUA